AAUAAGUUUGUAUCCAAGUCACCAAGUAAGGAAGAGAUUGAGAAGGAGGGUGAGGAUACUAGCAUUCGGCAGGAGACACAGAAUCAAAGAAUUUCAGAUUUGUAAGGGACCUCAAUGGCCAUCUGAUCCAACUGAUACUUGAAAAAGAGUACUUUCUGUCUCACAAAUGCUCACCCAGUUUUUUCCAGAGGACCUCAGAUGAUAGGAUCCAGUGGCCUUAGAGGCCACUAGAUGACACAGUGACUCGAAUGCUAGUCGUGUGUCUGAGGUCAGAUCUAGCCUCAGACACGUUAGCUGUGGGGUGCUGGGCAAGUGACUCAACUUCUAGACGGGCUUCCAACCAUGGGCAUGCCAGAAAAAGAGCCAAGUCUAACUCUAAACUGAAGCUGGUCCGGAGCCUGGCAGUGUGUGAGGAGUCCUCUGCCCCUUUUGUUGAUGGGCCGCUGGAAACCCAGGAUAUAAUUCAAUUGCAUAUCAGUUGCCCCUCUGACAAAGAGGAAGAGAAGUCCAUGAAAGAUGGAUCUGAAAAGGAAGACAAAGACAAAAAUAAAGAAAAGAUCCCAAAGAAAAUGCUUUCUAGAGACUCCAGUCAAGAAUAUACAGACUCCACUGGAAUAGACCUACAUGAAUUUCUAGUAAAUACACUGAAAAAAAACCCAAGGGACAGAAUGAUGCUGCUAAAGUUAGAACAAGAGAUUCUGGAAUUCAUUAAUGACAACAAUAACCAGUUCAAGAAAUUUCCUCAGAUGACCUCAUAUCACCGGAUGCUAUUACACCGGGUUGCUGCCUAUUUUGGAAUGGACCACAAUGUUGACCAAACUGGAAAAGCUGUCAUCAUCAACAAAACCAGUAACACAAGGAUCCCUGAACAGAGGUUCUCAGAACAUAUCAAAGAUGAGAAGAAUGUAGAAUUUCAACAGAGGUUCAUCUUGAAGAGAGAUGACGCCAGCAUGGACCGGGAUGAUAACCAGAUCAGAGUUCCAUUACAGGAUGGAAGGAGGAGCAAGUCAAUAGAAGAGAGAGAGGAGGAAUAUCAAAGGGUUCGAGAGAGAAUAUUUGCCCGAGAGACUGGCCAGAACGGAUAUCUAAAUGACAUCAGACUCUCCAAAGAAGCCUUUUCUUCUAGCUCUCACAAAAGAAGGCAGAGUUUUAGGGGGAACCGUGAGGGGCUGAGCCGUACCUCGAGCAGCCGCCAGAGCAGCACAGACAGCGAGAUCAAAUCCCUGGAGCCCCGGCCCUGGAGCAGCACAGACUCAGAUGGCUCUGUCCGUAGUAUGCGGCCACCUGUUACCAAAGCCAGCAGCUUCAGUGGGAUCUCCAUUCUCACCCGGGGUGACAGCAUUGGGAGCAAUAAAGGAGGGAGUGCAGGAAGAAUCUCCAGGCCAGGUUUAGCACUAGGUGCCCCAGAAGUGUGCAACCAGGUCACCUCAUCCCAGCCUGUCCGGGGCCUUCUCCCUUGUACUACCCAGCAGCAGCAGCAGCAGCAGCAGCAGCAGCAGCAGCAUCCAGCUCUCCCACCCACACCCCAGCAACAGCCACCCUUGAGUAAUCACAUGAUCUCACAGACGGAUGAUCUCAGCAACCCCUUUGGGCAGAUGAGCCUUAGUCGACAAGGUUCCGCCGAAGCAGCUGAUCCAUCUUCAGCCCUUUUCCAGCCCCCACUUCUCUCCCAACACCCUCAACAGCCUGGCUUCAUUAUGGCUUCCACAGGCCAGCCUCUCCCCACCUCCAACUACUCCACCUCCAGCCAUGCUCCCCCGGCACAACAAGUCCUGCAGCCUCAGGGCUACAUACAGCCCCCACAACAGAUACAGGUUUCUUACUACCCUCCUGGGCAGUAUCCCAACUCCAACCAGCAAUACCGACCUCUUUCUCACCCGGUGGCCUACAGCCCCCAACGUGGUCAACAGCUGCCUCAGCCAUCUCAGCAGCCUGGGUUACAGCCCAUAAUGUCCAACCAGCAGCAGGCAGCUUACCAGGGCUUGAUGGGUAUCCAGCAGCCACAGAACCAAGGCCUUCUCAGCAACCAGAGGAGCAACAUGGGGGGCCAGAUGCAAGGCCUAGUGGUCCAGUAUACUCCGCUACCUUCAUACCAAGUUCCAGUGGGAAAUGAGUCCCAAAAUGUGGUCCAGCAGCCCUUUCAGCAACCUGUGCUGGUCCCUGCUAGCCAGUCAGUACAGGGGGGCUUACCAGCAGGGAGCAUGCCUGUGUACUACAGUGUGAUCCCACCAGCGCAGCAGAAUGGCACCAGCCCUUCGGUAGGGUUUCUGCAGCCCCCUGGCUCUGAGCAGUACCAGAUGCCUCAGUCUCCUUCCCCCUGCAGCCCGCCACAGAUGCCACAACAGUACUCAGGAGUGUCCCCGUCUGGACCAGGUGUGGUAGUCAUGCAGCUGAAUGUCCCCAGUGUUCCCAAUGGUUCCCAGGCCCCACAGACCCCAUCUAUGGUUCAGUGGAGUCAUUGUAAGUACUACAGUAUGGACCAGCGGGGGCAGAAGCCGGGAGACCUGUACAACCCUGAGAGCAGUCCACAGGCCAACACACAGAUGAAUAGCCCUAUCACAUCACCCGCUCAGUCUCCAACACCAUCUCCUGUCACCAGCCUCAGCAGCGUCUGCACAGGACUUAGCCCUCUUCCUGUCCUUACACAGUUCCCCCGGCCUGUUGGCCCUGCCCAGGGCGAUGGGCGCUACUCCCUCCUGGGCCAGCCAUUACAGUACAACCUGUCCAUCUGUCCUCCCCUGCUCCAUGGCCAGUCGACUUACACAGCACACCAGGGACAGACUGGAAUGAAGCAUGGAAACCGGGGGAAGAGGCAAGCGCUCAAAUCUGCCUCCACGGACCUGGGGACUGCAGAUGUUGUCCUGGGGCGGGUGUUGGAGGUGACAGAUCUCCCUGAGGGCAUCACCCGCACAGAGGCCGACAAACUCUUCACGCAGCUCGCCAUGUCCGGCGCCAAGAUCCAGUGGCUCAAGGACGCUCAGGGGCUGCCAGGCGGCGGGGGCGGGGGCAGUGGGGGGGGUGGGGGGGACAACAACGGGACUGCCGAGAAUGGCCGGCACACAGACCUCGCUGCCUUAUACACCAUCGUGGCUGUGUUCCCCAGCCCCCUGGCGGCCCAGAAUGCCUCCCUCCGCCUCAACAACUCCGUGAGUCGCUUCAAACUUCGAGUGGCCAAAAAGAACUAUGACCUGAGGAUCCUGGAGCGGGCCAGCUCCCAGUAGGCAGAGGAGGGGAAGAGGCCAGCACCAUGGGUUGGGGCAGGGUGGCAUGGGCAAGGGAUGCAGAAAAAGCACAGAUAGAGAUGCUGUUCCAGACAGACAUGAAACAUACAUGGAGCUAGGGAGCCGAGACAUAGAAAUGGAGACUGAGGCCUUAGAGACAGUGAGACAGGCGCGCGCACGCACGCACUGGACUCAGUCUGGGGUUUUCUUUGCCACCUUUUCCCUCUCUUUCUCUGGGUGGCUCCUCUCCUCUCUGCCUCCCUCUCCCUCCAAUCCUCUCCCUCCUUUUUUGGACAUCCCUUUUUCCCCAUCCUGGCUCCCAAUGCAUUUCUUUCAUUUUUGUGGGUUGGUAUGGAGGGGUCCUACACUCCCCCAUUCCUCCCCUUCUCCUGCUACCCUAUCUCCUCUUCCUCUUUUUGGUCUUUAUGAAUAUAUUUAUAUGGACAGAAUUAAGAAGAAAAAAAUAAAUUGAUUUUCCCCCUCCUUUCACUUUACCCCCAUCUUGUCUCCCCUAUCCCAUGAGUUAAAACCUGUGCCUACCCCUCCUCUAUCCACCCCAGCCCCCCAGAACACUUGUAUAUUGUUUGUUUGAGGUUCGUGCCGCAGUAACAGACAACAGUAUUUAAUUGCA